ACUCACUCCCCCCUGUACCCAUUCAUCACUCACACUUUCUCUUUACUCAAUCCUCUAUUCAUUUUUCUGUGAAAGCUAUAUACAAUGGCACCAAAGGCAGAGAAGAAGCCAGCUGAGAAAAAACCAGUAGCAACAGAGGAGAAAAAGGCAGAGAAAACCCCAGCAGAGAAGAAACUAAAAGCGGGCAAGAAGCUCCCAAAGGAAGCCGGAGCAGCAGGAGCUGACAAGAAGAAAAAGAGGGCAAAAAAGAGCGUUGAAACCUACAAGAUUUACAUCUUCAAAGUGCUGAAGCAAGUGCACCCAGAUAUUGGUAUUUCUAGUAAGGCAAUGGGGAUCAUGAACAGUUUUAUUAAUGAUAUUUUUGAGAAGCUUGCUCAAGAAUCUUCUAGAUUAGCUAGGUAUAAUAAGAAGCCAACAAUUACUUCAAGGGAAAUUCAGACUGCCGUGAGACUCGUGUUGUCUGGGGAGUUGGCUAAGCACGCUGUGUCUGAAGGGACUAAGGCUGUUACUAAGUUUACUAGCUCUUAGGUUUUUAUUUUGGGAUUUUCGGUGAAUGUAAAGGUUCUUAGUUUUUGGUGUUUCUGAUUUGUAUUUGUCCUUGACUGAUGAAGUAAUGCAAAUGAAUGAAUGGUUUUAUCUUAUGAAAUUC